AUGAAGUUCUUCUUGUUUUUAUUGUUUGCUAUAACGGUUACAUCUUCAAAAGGUGAAGACAUACGCGAUGAGUUAAAUGAACUAAGAUCAAAAAUUCAAGAUGAACAAAAUGAAAUUUCUGAAGUUUUAUUAAAUACAAUUAAAGAUGUAACGGAAGUGUCAUCAAUUAACGUCAAUAAUGAUCCAAUUGUUACACCUGCCAUGGAGGAAUUAAAUAAUUAUCUUGAUGUCAUGAAAACAUCAGUUGAUGAGAGUUCUUUAGUUACAACUUUGAUGGAAGAAACAACAACAACAACAAUGGAACCAAUCAGCACCACAUCAAAUUCAUCAAACUGUGUUCAACCUUUUAUAAUUCAAUCAAUUCAUAAUGUCGGUGAAGCUCAACAGCUCGUUAGCAACAUCCUUAAUAAUGUAUCAAGCACAUUAUCAACAGUCUCAUCAAAUUUUAAUACAUUGGCCAACUUAAAUUCGACUGGAAACUCUAGUGAUGUUGUCUCUACAGUUUUUUCAGCUGUUUCAUCCAUUUUACAUUCAGUUGUGCAGUUCACAAAUGAACAAAUUACUCAGGUCAAUAAUCGAAUUGAGAAUGAUUUCAAUACAUUCUCGCAAGUUGCGUUAAACAUGACUGCAUGUAAACCGAGCACAUCAAGUGAAAGUUCAACUGUAUCAAUGAAUAACGAAGCUUCUCCAAAUGAAAUUGAAGUAUCUUCUACGGAAAGUGCUACAAUUGACAGUGCCACAACAGAAACGACUUUGCAGUCAAGCACAUCUGAUUCAAAUGAGGGUCUUAGUAAGGGUAAUGAGGAUGAGAAGGAGGUCCAAACCUUUUUCCCAUUUUUCUUUUCUUUUAAGAUUUCAAGUGUUUAA